AUGGAUUCUUUAUCGCAUGGCAGGCUUCAGUCUCUCUUUGGGAUGAUGUUGCGAGAUUCGGAGGGUGAUAAGGGAAGGAAUCUUCGUAUGAUUUUAGGAACACCAGAAACGCGUAGAAUCAUCAAGAAAUGGAAAUAUAGAACCAAGAAUUGUGAACGAGCGACUUCUAGGAAUGCUUUCUUGCCGGAGAAGCUUCAAAAACUCCAACCAUUGUAUUAUAAUGUUUCGGAGAUUGUCGGUAAAGAAUACAAAGGGUUGCAGCUAUAUUCACUCGAGCAGGCCUUGGAAAGACUGAACAGUAUCGUUGUCGGCACAAAUUGUGUCCUGCUAUCAUGGGAUGACAAGUGGAUCAACGAAUUGAGUCUGGCGUCAAAGGGCUGGAAAUUUCACUCGCUGGCGGGUGAAACGCCGAACACCCUUGUUCUCUUAUGCAGUUGUGGCCGUUGUGAUACCAAAAUAUACUUGGACUUACAUUCAACUGAAAAUCAUAACAACGACAACGUUCAAAAUCUCAUCAACGAGAGGUACUGGGAGGAUAUUGUGACUAAAUCGCGACCCUCGCAGUGUCCGUGGGUUUCGAAUCAAUUCGACCUUUCGGAUUAUCAUCUGAAAGAAGCCAACUUGAUUCAUGACAUAACAAGAAUGCAGGGUCACGAAACCGUUCAUUUCGGUACAUCAGGUGAAAUUACGCAUAAUUCAACACCUCUAUUCUCGCAAGAGCAAUUAUUUAGUUUAUCAGAAUUUUUCAAAUGUGCUGACAAACGGAAGUUAGAGUUAAUGCUAAGAGGUUUCAUCCCGGUAGAAGGCUGCAACGAUGCAGUAAUAUGUGUUCGAUGUUUCCGCAAAGCAUUCAUUGGAUCGAUCACCGGAAGCGAUUAUCUGAACCCCCACGCUCCUUGGUGCAGGUAUCACGACGAGACAAAACUACCAACCAUGAUCACAAGUCAGCUUUUAUCCGCAAAGAAGACAGAUGACAUCAAGAAAAGAUUGUCCGACUUGGAGAAUUAUUUUGAAAGUGUGUAA